AUGCCUGGGCCGACCUUAGAGAUGGAGCCAGUGGAGCCACAGUCGCUGAAAAAGCUCAGUCUCAAAUCCCUCAAGCGAGCUCGCGAUCUCUUCUCUCCUGCCCAUGGUGAACUCGCUCCUCCUGACCCCGAAAGUAAAAGAAUUCGUACGAGCCACAAGAUAAGCGUGGAGUAUGGAGGAAUUGAACCCACGGCUAGUCAAAAACCGCCCCGCCGGGCUGAGUCCAGUGCACCAGGUCGCGGUCCUCAAGGGCCUUCCAGUGCUCUUGCCCUUCCAGAUUCUAGGGACUCAAGUACGGAAGGAGCUCAAAAUGCGUUGGUUGUCCGUCCAUCUGCACCAAGGGCACCGAAUGAUGUUGGCAUUUCGGGUAGAGGCACUCUAGCUGUUUCUGCUCCAGGGUCAUCUGAAAGGUAUUCAACAUCGGCUUUAAUGGAAAGAAUUCCUAGCAGAUGGCCACGUCCUGUUUGGCAUGCUCCUUGGAAGAUCUACAGGGUCAUUAGUGGCCACUUGGGAUGGGUACGAUCUAUUGCCUUUGAUCCAAGUAAUAAAUGGUUUUGCACUGGCUCAGCAGAUCGUACAAUCAAGAUAUGGGAUGUAGGAACUGGAACAUUACAGCUUUCACUGACUGGACAUAUUGAACAAAUACGAGGACUUGCUGUUAGCAGCAGGCAUACCUAUAUGUUCUCUGCUGGUGAUGACAAACUAGUUAAAUGCUGGGACCUUGAACAAAACAAGGUUAUCCGUUCAUAUCAUGGUCAUCUAAGUGGUGUUUACUGCUUGGCUCUUCAUCCCACUCUUGAUGUUUUACUUACUGGGGGACGUGAUUCUGUAUGCAGGGUUUGGGAUAUUCGAAGCAAGAUGCAAGUUCAUGCAUUGUCGGGACAUGAUAACACAGUUUGCUCAGUUUUUACUCGACCAACAGACCCGCAAGUUAUUACUGGUUCUCAUGACUCAACCAUCAAGUUCUGGGACCUACGAUAUGGGAAAACAAUGUCAACCCUCACACACCAUAAGAAAUCUGUGCGUGCAAUGGCACAACAUCCUAAAGAAAAUUGUUUUGCAUCUGCGUCAGCUGACAACAUUAAGAAGUUCAACCUUCCAAAAGGCGAAUUUUUACACAACAUGCUCUCUCAGCAGAAAACCAUAAUUAACGCAAUGGCUGUCAAUGAGGAUGGAGUUAUGGCCACUGGAGGUGACAAUGGGAGUGUCUGGUUUUGGGAUUGGAAGAGCGGUCAUAAUUUUCAGCAAUCCCAAACAAUUGUACAGCCUGGCUCACUGGAUAGUGAAGCUGCUAUAUAUGCUCUUUCCUACGAUGUCACUGGUACAAGGCUGGUUAGUUGUGAAGCUGAUAAGACGAUCAAAAUGUGGAAACAAGACGAAAAUGCCACUCCAGAAACUCAUCCCCUCAACUUCAGGCCGCCUAAAGAUAUUCGACGGUUCUAG